UCUCCGCCGCAUCCGAGCCCCGAAGUUGCUGGAAGAGAGGAGGGAUCUAGCAGAGGAAGGAUGGGGUGGAAGGCUACGGAGAAGCUCAUCAGGCACUGGAAGAUCCUCUGCGGUGACAAUGUGAAUCUCUUUCCCCCAGCUUUCCUCCUCGUCCCCUAUAUGUUCUCGCAAAAUCUCCAAUUUCUCUCUGUUUGCUUCCAGGUGAUGAUCAUAAGAGGCAAGGAUAAGGGGAAGAGCGGGCUCAUCAAGCGGGUCAUCCGGUCGCAAAACCGUGUCAUUGUCGAGGGAAAGAAUCUGGUUAAGAAGCAUAUUAAGCAAGGGGAAGGAUAUACAGGUGGGAUUUUCUCAAUUGAAGCCCCACUUCAUGUUUCAAAUGUUCAAGUACUUGAUCCUGGGAAACCAGGUAAGAUUGGAUACAAGUAUUUGGAAGAUGGAACUAAAGUCAGGUUUGCUAGAGGAAUGAAUGCAUCUGGUGUUAUGAUACCUAGGCCAGAAAUUUUGAAGGAACGAAGAAAGCCAACACCUACAUCACCUGGCCCGAAGGAUACACCAAUUGACCUUGUGCUGGAGAAAACCUAUGAUGCCAAGGCUGAAAUUGGAAUGCCUGAUCUAUAAAGUUAGCAACGGGUUUUCUUCGGAGGAAGAGUUCAGUGUAUGUGUUUAUUUGACCACUUUUGCUAGUUAAGGUAGCAGUAAGUCUCUAUUACCAACUCUGCAUCUGUACCAGUCAACUUUCGAAAUAAUCCUGUAACGGUAAUUAUAGCCUCUUGUUUUGGUGAGAACUUUUAU